UUAGUUUAACAUAUAACAUGAAGCUGUCAGAUAGUAAGUUAGUCAGAUAGUGAAAACAAAGAAGAAGCAAUGGCAUCAGGGGAGAACGAAGCAACUCCGUUAAUAACAAAUAAAAAGAAAAAUAAGAAAAAUAUAAGAAAUUGCUGGCUCUUUGUUGCAGCCUUUUCAGCUGUUUUGGGUAAUUUAAUUUUUGGAUAUGCCAUGGUAUUUCCCUCCGCGGUGAUUCCGCAGCUCCAGAAGGAAAAAGAUUCAAAUCUACACAUGGAUGUUCAUCAGAUUUCCUGGUUUGGGUCCGUUUUUGCGAUUGGUGCUAUAGUAGGAGGGUUGAGUGCCAUGGUGAUGAAUGACAAAAUUGGAAGGAAGCACAGCAUCAUGAUAUCCGUAAUUCCCUCCACGGCUGGGUUUCUCAUGAUGGCCGCAGCACAUCAAGUUUGGUUGCUUCUCUUGGGCAGAUUACUCACAGGCUUUGCUGGUGGCAUAACAGCCAGCUCUAUUCCUGUCUAUGUGUCAGAGAUUUCACAUCCAGGUGUCAGAGGAGCCCUGGGAUCUGGUCCACAGAUAAUGGCUGUCUUUGGAAGUCUGGCACUCUAUCUUUUGGGGUUAGUUCUGCCCUGGCGAUGGCUGGCCGUAGCUGGGGAAGUUCCUGUUCUGAUCAUGCUUUUCCUUCUGUGCUUCAUGCCAAACUCGCCACGUUACCUUAUCACCAACAACAAACGAGAUGAGGCCACCAGGGCCCUUAAAUGGUUGAGGGGCCCUGACUCAAACUACAUUGCUGAGGUCAACCAAAUUGAGCGCAGCGUCAAUUCCCAGGUUGGACUCCAGUGGUCAGAUCUUAGGAGUCCUUUUUUCUACAAGCCAAUCUUGAUCUCUAUGGGUAUGAGAUUAUUGCAGCAGAUGUCAGGUAUUACACCCAUCUUGGUUUAUCUGGAACCCAUUUUUGAGAGAACAGCCAUUUCACUGGAACCCAGGUUUGAUGCAGCAAUAGUAGGAGUUGUCAGAUUGUUAUCUGUUGCAAUCGCGGCCGCUUUGAUGGACAAAGCCGGCCGAAAAGCUCUGCUUUACACGUCAGCAUUUAUUAUGUAUCUGGCCACACUGACGAUGACCUUAAUUACACACAAAACCUCAAGUGACCAUGGGAACAUUACUGCUGAGGUCUCAUCUGCAGUCAACUCACCUGGAGUCAUGGCAGGUUCCACCAUCACAAUUAUCCCCCUCAUCAGCAUUAUGUUUAUAAUAUUUGGUUAUGCAAUGGGCUGGGGUCCGAUCACAUGGCUGCUGAUGUCAGAGAUCCUUCCAACCUCAGCACGUGGUGUGGCUUCAGGCCUGUGUGUGGUGGUCAGCUGGGCCACUGCUUUUGCACUGACACAGCUCUUCAUGCAUGUAGUGGAGGCGUAUGGACUUUAUGUACCGUUUCUGUUCUUUUGUGUGAUCUGCGUGGUGAACAUCAUAUUCACAGCCAAGUGUGUGCCUGAAACGAAAGGACGGACACUGGAGGAAAUCGAGAAUUAUUUCAGAACUGGACGCACCUUCACCAUAGCUGAGAGUUAGCCAUGCUGCACUUUAGGAAACGUAGAAAAGAUUUUUUCCUUUUCCUGGAAUGAAGAAAGGCUCUAUAAUGAAGCAUGCUGAAUUAUAGAUUCCUGUUUCCAAACACAAUUUGUGCACUUUGCUGUUUCAAUACAUUUUGUUGAUAUAAUGUAGCUCUUUACUUCUGUAAAUACAAUAUGCUACGAAGCAAACAAGUACUGUAUGAAUACAAGGAAAAUAUUGUACAACCACAUCUUGUGGUUCGCAGAGAAUGUUUACAUGCCAGCCAGUGUCCUGUAUAUUAUUCCUGUACAUUAUUUUAUAAUGUAUAUUUUUUGUUCUGACCACAACCAUACUUAUAGGUGUAUCUAACCUAAUGUAAAACUAACCUAGUGUAAAUGCUUUCUUCUCUUUCACACUUUAGUUUCUCUUAUUUUUCUUCAGUUUGAACCCCAAACUGACAUUUCAAUAUUCAAUUAUUAUGCUAAAGCAAUGAUUAUGUCAGCACGUUUAUUGUUUUUCAGCAUAUAUACUAGUAGAUACACAAACUGACAUCCACUAAUAAGGGUUUCUAAUGAUUUUUCUUAAAAUUUUAAAGAAUUUAAAUGAAUAAUUUCAUUUCAGUCGAAAAGGGUGGCUCAUUCAAAGUGACCUGAUAUGUGUCAUUACCAACGACACAUUAUAUACCAGUCAUAUAACAAUGUUAUUAGAGAUUAGGACUUUUUUUUUGGUCCUGUGAUCCUUUGGAAAUUCAGAUGAUGCAACUUCCUGUUGUGACUUGUGUAAUAUUGUGAAUAUUUCUUAGGCGGGGGACUGUAUUUAGCUUGUGUGAAUUCAUGGAAAAUUCAUUUCAUGCACGAAGCACCAGAUGGAUUCAUACAUUAAUGCAAAGAUAAUAUUAAAGAAUUAUUUUAAAGACAAUAUUCCAUGACAAAGUGUGGUUCCAUAAGCUGUGGUGUUUUAAUGGUCUUUCUCAGUAGGACACAACUGGCUGUGCCCAAACCUUGAACUACCAUCAUAGUUGUAACUAUCCAAUAAAUGACCAGUGAUUAUUAA